AAGUGGUAAAAUAUACAGAAGGCGCAUUAAACAGCAAGCUGAAGUAGAUUUUGAUCAACUUGAAGACGAGCAGGACGUUUGCCCAGGGCCGAGCCGGAUUGUUAUGAUGCAGGCUGUCGAAGUUGAAUCAAGCACCAGAAGCGAUGAAGGAAUGCACGACUUGGGCACAGAAUCGGACUAUGGAAAUGUUCAUGCCGCAGAAGAAGGGGUUGAGCGCGAAUAUCGGAAUGCUCAUGACUGCAGCAAUCACGAGGACGUGAAUGAUUGUUUACGAGACUGGGCAGUCGAUCACGAGGAAUCCCGCGCAUCGGUUAAUGAAAUAUUAGCCAUCUUUCGCAUAAGAACGGAUUAUGAGCUGCCCAAAGAUGCGCGGACAUUGAUGAAAACCUCCACCAGCAUUGGACAAGAAAUUGAAGCGGUUGCUGGUGGAGAAUAUUGGUACAAAGGCAUAGAGAAGGUUCUACGCAACUAUUACCGAUCAGCGACACCCGAAACGGAUCGUAUUUCGGUGCAGGUGUCGGUCGACGGACUUCCUUUGCAUAAAAGUUCCUCAACACAGGUUUGGCCGAUAUUAAUGAAGAUGGAACAAAUACCAGAGGCUCCGAUUAUGAUGAUAGCUAUGUUUUGUGGAUCUUCUAAACCGAAUGACCUGGAACCCUUCUUAAGGCCGUUUGUUGUUGAAGCGAAUGAGCUGAGCCAACGAGGCAUUCAGUUUGGAGAUAGGAAUGUCCACUUCAAUAUUCGGGCAAUCAUCGCCGAUUCACCAGCUCGGGCGUUUUUAAAAGAGUUGUCUGUCGAAUUCGUCUAAUUCUUCUAGAGUCCUAAUCGUUGGCAGGACGAUCGCAGAACUUUCGUCCCGUGAUGUGCAACACCUAUGGUCUGCGAGCACCGUUUGCUGGAAUUCCUUACAUCCAUGUUGUCCACAGUUUGCGCUCGACGAUACUUCGGACGAUGUCGCAACGGGUUUAAGCGUCAAUUGGACGGGCUGUGUGGAUGGUGGACGA